AUGUCUGCUCAAGAAAAUCAGCAGAACUCCGCUGUUUCUGGGGGGGCAGAAGGGAACCAGGAGCGGUCUCAGGCCUUGGUAAUGCCAUGUAACCCACAGGCAUUUGCCCAGUUCUUCACUGCUUUUGAGGCGUUUUAUAGGCAAUGCAAGCCUGCAGGCCAGGUGGCGGUGGCACAGGUGGUGCUCACGCAAGAUUGCAUCCCGGAUACACCCCCUAGCGAUUUGGACCGCCCCAGCACCUCUGCGGCCAACGCGGCAGCACUGAGGGCAAGCAAUGACUCAACAGACCGGCCCAAUACGCGAUCACAGUCCUCCAGUUCAGGCAAGUCAAAAGGGGGUCAGAAGGGUGGCAAGAAGGGCAAGGCAAGUACUCAGGGCUCUAAUACCACUAACCCACAAAAGGACGUAGGUCUCCCUAGUGUUUUUCAGAACCCGCCACCGCAAGCGGCACCAGCUGAGGGCGCCUCAGGCUCCUCUUCAGACGAGGUAGCGCAGGGGCAGCAAGACGUGCAGGUGCACAAGCACCACUGGAUGGCCAAUCAGGGAAGAGGAAAGAAAAGAGGAAGCAUACAUCAAAGAAAAGCAAGAAGAGUAAGCGGUCUGAAUCGGAGGAUGAAUCAGGUACCUCUUCAUCUGACUCAGAGAGCGAUACUCCUAUGGAGGAGUACUGGGGCCACGGGGAGGAUAGUUCAGGUCUUCCUCUGUGGGUGCAUGAAAGGAGGGCUAAUUCAUACCGCAAGUCCUUUAAUGGUUCCUUGGAAUGGAAGGAUGGUGCACUAG